CUGACGUCCAACGCUCCUGGGCAGGGGACCAAAGUCGAGAGCCCAUCAAUGUCGAUCCAACGUCACCUCACCUCAAAUGCGGAGUAAGAGUGCUCACGUUCGUUUUUGAGCACGACUGGUGCACAAUAUCAGCCCUGCACACAUCGAUGCCGCCUUCCUGCAGCUGAGACGCAUUCGGAUCGGACCUCAGGAGAGCUGAGCACUUGUGCAGCUGAUUGAAGCCCCUGUCUUCAGUCAGGCGCCAUGGCUCUUCCUGGGCUGCUCCUCUUCUCCUUGGCCCUGGUGCUGGUCGGUGUCGUUUCCGCUCAACAUCCGCUGAACACCCCGAACCCCAGCAUCAAGUACCCGACCCAACCCCCGAGGCAGAACCCCUUCAUCAAGCCCCCUGGUGCGGGGUACGGCAUCCAAACACAGCGCCCCUACAACAUUGCGCACAGAGGUGCUAACAACGUGUACCCUGAGGAGUCUGAGCAAGCUUACAAGCUCGCCAUUGAUUUGGGCGCUGACUUCAUCGAGUCGGACAUCCAGGCCACUAAGGACGGCGUCCUGGUCUGCUUUCACGACAUUGGGCUGAACCUCACAACUGAUGUUUCUACCAGGCCCGAGUUUGCAAGCAAGCUGACGACAUACAAUGACAUCACUGGUGGAGAUGGGACCAACACUGACUGGUUCUUGGUCGACUUCACUUAUGACGAGCUCAAGACGCUCAAGCUGAAGCAGCGGUUCCCCUAUAGAGACCAGUCUUUCAAUGGCCAGUUCUCGAUCAUCACUUUCGAGCGGUACAUCCAGAUUGCGCAGGAGGCCAACCGAGUGGUCGGCAUUUACCCAGAGAUCAAGAGCCCUCGCUUCAACAAGGCCCACGUGCAGUUUCCCGGAGGCAAGAGCUUCGAGCAGGCGGUCGUGGAUCUUCUGAACCAGUACGGCUAUGGCGGGCCCUACCUGACCGACAGGUGGCUGGCCAAGCCGCUGUUCAUCCAAUGCUUCGCUUACACGUCGCUGCUCGAGGCCAAGAAGUACACCGACUCGCCCCUCGUCUUUCUGUACGACUCGCUGGACGCUCGCACGCAGGACACCAACGAGACGUACGCUAGCCUUUCUACGGACGCUGCUUUCGACAUGCUGAAGUCCAUUGGCGUCGUGGGAUUGGGCCCGUACAAGGCCAAUAUCCAGCCCAUCAAUACGACCACGAACUACUACUCUGGCAAGCCCAACGACUUUGUCACGCGCGCGCACAACAAGGGCUUCGAGGUGCACCCGUACACUUACCGUGCGGACACCCCUCAACUGGUCUUUGAUCUCCACGGCAACUUCUUCAACGAGUUUAUCUACUUCGACAAGGUCAUUGGCGUGGACGGGUUCUUUACUGACUUCACCGAGUCAGCGUUCCAGUACCUCGAAUGGACGCAUCCCAUCUUCACCAAGUCCGAUAUCUACCAAACUCUCAUUUUUCAGUAGUUACUCACAAUGAAAGUUCUGACUAGCUUGCUCUGGAACAUGUUAUUUAUAACCUACAGUGACUCAAUCAAAUAUAGAAGCUCUGCAAAACGGAGAGGCUUUACACGGUAGCCUAGGCGUGUUGAU